AGAGCGAUUGGCAGGGCGAAGAUUCCGAAGAGCAUAUCCGUAAACGAGAAAUCGAGAAUGCCUCGUAUUUCGACACUCUAUCUUCCCGCUUACAACUCUUUUCAGGCAAUUGGAUGGACACUUUCCUUAACUAAGAUUUUGUUCAAUCUUCUCUCCACUGCCUCCCUCAACGGAACUUACGCUUCCGCCGGCAACUUAAUCUGUUUUCUACAAUGCGCUGCAUUUUUGGAAGUUAUACACGGAGCCAUUGGCCUUGUGCCCAGUGGAGCGUUGCUUCCUCUUAUGCAAUGGGGAGGAAGGACCCACUUUGUGCUUGUUCUUGUUGCAAAACUUGAUGAGCUCCAGGAGUUACCUUCAGUUUUUAUUACUUUUCUUGCUUGGAGCAUAGGUGAGAUUAUUAGGUAUUCACAUUAUGCUUUCAGUUGCUUGGGAAAUUGUCCUUCUUGGAUCACCUAUCUUAGGUAUACAGCGUUUAUUGUUAUCUAUCCUUUGGGAGUGGGCCCUGGUGAAAUAUGGUUUAUGUACCAGGCGCUUCCAAUUGUAAAGAAGAAGAAUCUCUAUGCAGAUUCCUUUUCAGGCCUCCCAUUUAGUUAUUAUGAUUUCCUUAAGGUUGUACUUGUAGUUUAUCCCUUCCUCUGGUUCAAACUUUACCUGCAUUUGUUCAAGCAACGGCGUACGAAACUUUAUAAACGCCAUGACAAGAAAAGUGCAUGAGAAACAUUACUCUUGGUUAUGGAUAUUGUAUUGUAAUUUAUGAGCUUUUAUUUUUAAUUCCGCACAUGAAAAUAGUGUUUUGUUAAAAAAUUAAGAUGAUAACUUUCUGUAUGUGGCACUGGAGACAUUCUGAUACUUAUUUAUUGCGUCUAAAUUUUUUCCUUCGACUGGAGAAUAGUGCCAAAUAAUGGAAUUGUUGCUUGCAAUUAAGGUU